AUGGCGUUGCUGAGUGCAUCUGUUGGAGGUCUCCGCGAACUCAUUGGUCUCUGCGAGCAGUUUGCCAGUAGUCACGGCCUUAAAUAUAACACUAAGAAGAGCGAGCUAAUGAUUUUCAGAGCGGGGACUAAAUGUCCGUCCGAGGUACCUCCUGUACGUCUCAAUGGGGUCCCCUUGAAGCGUGUUCACCAGUUCAAAUAUCUGGGCCAUGUGUUGACUGAUGACCUUAAGGAUGACGAAGAUAUUGAACGGGAGCGGAGAGCGUUGUCAGUCCGAGCCAAUAUGAUAGCCCGCAGGUUUGCUCGUUGCUCUUUUAACGUCAAAACUACACUGUUUCGUGCAUAUUGUACCACUUUUUACACGAGCAGCCUGUGGGUUAAAUACACACAGAAGGCAUACAACGCUCUCCGUGUUCAAUACAAUAAUGCGUUGAGGGCGCUGCUGCAUUUACCGAGGUUUUGCAGUGCCUCGGGAAUGUUCGCGGAGGCGCGUGUGGACUGCUUUUACGCCACCAUGCGCAAGAGAGCAACCUCAGCAGCGCGGCGUGUGCGCGCCAGCGGCAGCGCUCUGCUGGGAGUCGUAGCCGACAGGCUUGACGGCCCAUUUAUGGGACACUGGUUGUCAUUGCAUGCACCAGUGUCCCAUAACUGGACCAAAUGA